GGCUUGAGACCCUUCUGCCAAAGUGCCUCCAAAAUACCUAACCGGGUGCCACUACAAAGUGACGGUACCCUUAGGAUGGGUGGCCUAGAUUCGGCACCCAUGGCAUCUAGGUUACUCUGCUACUUCCGUCAGCGAGUUUCGGUUAGCCUCCAGCGUAGCCAGGCCCGGGCAGUUCACCAUAGAGCGGCCCGCGCGAUUGAGAGAUCGGUAGGUCUCCGAGCUCAGGUAGUCCAGGACGCCCGAGUUCGCAGUGCAGACUUGCACACUCUGUCUAGGGUAGGAGGAUCCUAGAGACCGAGAUCGUGGAUUUUGUUGUGUGCUUCAACCAUUGAAGGCGGCCGCGCGGCUGCAUUGUGCAAGCUGCCCGCAUCUCAGAGUCUCUGGACAGCUUUCAUUGUUCAAUGGCGAUGGCGUCCGUUGCUUCAGUCCUUCAUUUGAGUCCAGUGGCCUCCCUCGAAUUGCAAAGUUCAUCUGCUUCCAGAGACGUACUCAAAACGAGCUCUUUUGGUGCUCCCAUCAACGGGCUUCGAGCUGCAAGGGGUGCAGUGCUCGUUCGGAAGGGGUGUAGUCAUGUCUGCCGGGCGCAGGCAAAGCCGACAGCGAAGGGCCGGGGGGGCUCCGGAGGCCAGGCGCUCCCAAAAAAGCCGCGCAAGAUAGAAAAACUUGACGUUAGCAAGGCCGCCGGUGUUGAGGCGUUCCAAGUGUUUGCUAGGCUAGAGAAAGACAAGGAGGACGUCAACAGAUUCAAGCCAAUCGCUGAGAUUCUGGUCGAAACCGGGGGGGACGUUGCGAAGGCGUUAAAGGAGCGGCGGCGACAGCUGGUCGAACUCGCACGGGGGAUCAUCGAGUUCGCCAACUGCCCCGAAACCGGCCUCCAGUACGGGUUCCAGAAGAGCCCCAGCAAGGGAGAGCGGCACGACCUGAACCCAACCGUCAUCGCCAUCGGGGGGCCGCUCGACGACGACAGCGUACCUGCUAUUCUGAGGAGUGCGGACACAUCGGGCUUGAGGUUGUACUCAGCAAAAGACGGCUCCUAUACCCCACAGCCAAUCCCGGCCUUGAAAAGCUGAUUGUAUCUCCCGUUCCAGAGCAGACAUUCUGAAGUUGCUCUUCUAACGAUACUUCAGAUUGGCCGUCAAACCUGCUGAGAGUAAGACCUAAGUCGUGUUUUUGGACUGCUGCAUUAAUCCACCUACGCACUUGGGUUUGUUAAGGAUGUAUUGCUCCACGAGAAGUCCCUUGUGUUGGGGCACCGAAUUGCCCCGCCAAGAGCUAAGGUGAAGCAACCAUUAUAAGCGCAACGUGCACUUGCCACCGACGCAAGUAAGGGACGUGAUACUUAUGCAGGGUAGCAGUGGAUGUAUGAGUAACAUCUGCGACCGAUGGUACCAUC